AUGAUGAAUGGAUGGAUGGAUGGAUGGAUGGACGGGUGGGGCACGUGCAGCUAUCACAAGUUCCUGCAACACCUCCGCCAGGUCCACGUUGGCAAGAAGGAGGAGGACAAGAAGGAGGAGGAAGACGAGGAGGAGGACGGGGGCGAGCCCGCCGCGAAGAAGGCCAUGACGGGAGGGAGGAGAAGGGGGAAGCCGAGGGCGGGGACAAAUUGUUGCCUACAUUUUAUAUUUGUUGGCUUAUUGACUGAUGUAGGCGAUGUACCGCUUUGGAGCCGAGGAGGGCCACACGCUUGUAUGUAUCACACACAGACAGAAAGCUUCUCCACGUGUAUGUGCGUGUGGGUGAGUGUGCAGCUCAAGAUGUGGCGGGCGCAUCAAGGACAACCUCUUGGCGGCAAGCUGCAAUUUGGUGUUGUGCGAGACACGGCGGUACACACACAUAAGUGCCCGUCGGCUGACGAUUGUAAGAAUGUGUAUUGGUGGCAUAUGUGUGUGCAGGAAGACGGAGCGUCAAGCUUUGGAGGCGAUAGGCAACGAGACCAAAUGCAUGACCUUGAUUCGCCGCCCCGAGUACGGCUCAACUAUACGGAUGGUGAGCGCCCACAUGGUCGCACUCGACGUGCUGAGAGUGUUUCUUUGUCCCUAUACUGCCUGCAGAGAGUGGACGCCCCGUUGCCCUGGACGGUCAGUCGCUGGAGAAUGCCAUCGCCAGCGCCCAGUCUUCCCUCAAGGAUGACUCCCUGAUGUCGUUCUUCGUUCCCAAGCGACCAGGCGGAGGGCAGUACAUGAUGCGGUAUGUCAUCAAGAGACCCUGACCCCACACACACACCCCUGUCGCAGCACUGUUUCCGUCCAUUUCAAUGUGUCAGUUGUCGAUUCCCAGCGGACGGCGAGGCCUCAGAGAACGUUGACCAGGAUGACGACAUCGACGCACCGGUCCCAGCCACACACAGACUAACAGCGGCUUCCUCCCAUCUUCCCUCUGUCCCUGGUGCAGGCACCCGAGCCAGUCCGAGUACGUUUCGACACACUCAUGUACCACAAGUACAACCUCUCACGUAAGGAUCUCGACUCAGCUGACACUAAGAUGAAAGCCAAGGCCAAGAAGAUCGGUACGCCAGACCACAACCCACACGCACACAUUCAUUGCUAAAUCUGACACACUGGUGCAUCAGGAUUCGCGCUCACUGAGUUGACGUGCCAGUGGUCCAAGGGCAUCCCCGACGCUUUCCAAAACGAAGCACAAUUCACAUGGAGUGAGCUGCCCCCCUCCCCCCGUCCAACCCCCCCACAACAACAACAAUCAUUGUCACUGCUUUCCUCCUGUCCCUUUUCUCUGCAGCCAAAGUUGAGAAGGACAAAUCCAAGGAGACUGGCGACAAGGCCAUCCUCGCUCCAUUCGACAACGUCGCUGGUCAAGCUGCCGGAAAGGAGAGAAAGAAGGGCGAGGGCUCCAACGAAUCGGGGGAGGCAAGUACGUCGGCAGGUAAGAAGGCGCACCGGCAGAAAGCAGAAAACACCAGCACCGAACACUCUCUUCCUAUCGCCUACGCAGGUGCGCUGUACCUUCGGACACCGAUCGAAACCCCGAUGGCCUAG